CGAGACGGUCAAGCAAGGAAUUUUCUUCCACUCUGAUUAGUUGCCAGCUACGCAGCCACAGCUCGGCGGUUCGCCAAGCUCCUCCGCCGCAUCCUGUCUUCACCGCCGACGCGAGAGAGGUUGGUUCUCCCCCGCCGGCGCCGUCUCCCUGUCGGUUCCUUCUCUUCAAUUCUGUCUGCGGAGGGAGGAGGGGAAUAAAUUGGGUCAGUGAAACGUAGCAAUUAAUGAACUCGCCGUUACCGUGACCGGAGACUGCCGUAGUAUGGGGAGCAGCUUCCUAUCUCCACCAGCGAAACGGCCCAUAUCUUACAUUAUCCCCUCGUUGAUGUCCGACCCCAACAGCUCGUCGAAUGGCUCCUCGUCCUUCCCCAGUCCAAGCAAGCGGUCCAAGCCACCCCAGCAGCCCCUUCACGUGCCUCAGGGUCACGUUGCCUUCCGCCUCCUCUGCCACGCGUCCCGGGUCGGCGGUGUCAUUGGUAAAUCCGGCGCCAUCAUCAAGAGCCUCCAGCAGAGCACCGGAGCCAAGAUCCGGAUUGAGGAUGCCCCGCCUGAGUCUCCGGACCGUAUCGUCACUGUCAUGGCCCCCGCCGCUAUUUCCUCGGUAAUCUCACUCUCGAGUGGAAACCCUGUUGAGCAGAGCUGGGAAAUUGGGGGAGAAAUUGAGGUCUCGAAGGCGCAGGAGGCGCUGCUGAGGGUGUUCGAGAGGAUACUGGAGGUGGCAGCAGAGACGGACGGGCCUGCUGUUGGAGUUGGGGUGGUUUCAUGCCGGGUUCUUGCGGAAAAGAGCCAGGCAGGGUCGGUGAUUGGCAAGGGAGGAAAGGUGGUGGAGCAGAUAAGGAAGGAGAGCGGAUGCAGGAUUAGGGUUUUGGUGGACAAGUUGCCUGCUUGCGCGAAUCCUGGGGAAGAGAUGAUUGAGAUAGAAGGUGAUGUUCAAGGAGUGAAGAAAGCACUCAUUUUAAUUGCUCGGCGUCUUCAAGAAUGUCCAUCCUCUGAUAAGACAAGGACAUUAAGUAGUGAUAAAACUGUUGAGGCUGUUCCCAAUCAGUCUCUAACGGACUUCUAUGUAGAUCCUCCUCAGAGGAAUCCGCCUUUACCUGCAAUGACAAGUAUCUCCAACAGUUAUAACUCGGGGUUUGAUCAUUUGCCAUAUGAAGUUGCCCAAGUGACCCCUGCUGAAGUGGUUUCACCUCGGCAGGAAGUCAGUUUCAAGAUUCUCUGUUCAGUUGAUAAGGCUGGGGGUGUAAUUGGAAGAGGGGGAACCAUUAUUAAGGCUCUUCAAAAUGAAACGGGUGCUUUGAUAAGCGUUGGACCCAUUGUACCUGGGUGUGAUGAGAGGCUAAUAACUGUCACUGCAUCAGAGAACCCAGGUUCACGAUUCUCUCCUGCUCAAAAGGCUGUUGUACUUGUAUUUUCGAGGUCAGUCGAAGUUGGCAGCACAAAAGGCCAAGAUUUGGGAUUCAGCAAGGACAAUUCCGUCAUUGCUCGUUUAAUAGUUCCCUCUAACCAGGUUGGUUGUCUGUUGGGCAAGGGAGGUUCCAUAGCUUCAGAAAUUCGGAGGGUAACUGGAGCUGGCAUAAGGGUAAUGAAAGGGGACCAGGUCCCAAAAUGUGCCUCUGCGAAUGAUCAAGUGGUACAGAUUUCAGGUGACUUUCCGCUUGUGCAAGAUGCAUUGUAUAACGUUACGGGCAGAUUGCGGGAUAACAUGCUUCCCAGCAGCCCAUUAAGUGCGACAGUUAGUAGGAGCAGCUCCUCACUAUUAGCUGAGACAAGUCCAUACGGUAGAAUAAAGGAUCCUGCUUCUAUGGGAUUGGACUCUCUCGGUUUGUCCCCUAGCUACAGCAGACAGUCGGUUGCGACCCAGAGCAGUACAGAUCAUCUAGGAGUAAUGCACAAUAUACAUAAUUCUGCGUCUCCAAGGUUGUGGGAAUCACAGGGUGUUGCUGGAGUUUCACAUAGGGGCGUGGCUGACAUAGGCAGGGGACUGACCUCUCUAAGGAGUGGCCCGGAGUUUAGUAGCAGAAUCAAAUCUGCUAUUGUGACAAACACCACUGUCGAGAUUGCUGUUCCUGAAGAAGUGAUCCACUGUGUCUAUGGGGAGAAUAGUAGGAAUUUGGCUCGCCUAAGAGAGAUUUCGGGCGCAAAGGUCACAAUACACGACCCACUUCCAGGGAAGAGCGAGAGAACCGUGGUUAUCUCAGGAACACCUGAUGAGACCCAAGCAGCUCAGAGCCUCCUCCAUGCAUUCAUUCUGACCGGUUCAUAGCCAAUCCUCCUGAUCGUUUUUGACAUCUCUUCUCAAGGGAGAAGAUGCUUUCCCUCUCAUUUUUUACGUUUUAUAUUUUUUUCCGGGUGGUUGGCUUCCCAUAGAUUUGUACAAUAAGAAUGUAGAAAAUAGCCAGACCCUCAAAGCUCAAAAUCUGUUUCCCGCUCUGAUUCUCAAUUUGAUUUCUCGAGUUAUUUUGAGUUGCGCGUCAGUGUAAUUCCUGAGGAAGUAUUUAUAAUGUAUUGAUAAUUUAAUCGAUGUUCCUCCUUUGAAAGUUCUCUCA